UAUUUCUCUUUAAUAUUAUGUUUUCAUUCCCAGUCACGAAGGAAAUAGUAAAAAUGUUAUGUUUAGAGUUUCAGAAAGCGCCCACCGUGUUAUCGCGUUCAAAGUCAGUGAGUCAGUCUAUCGACGCCAGUUUAAGCAGCAAGGUGGGACGCAGUUUACCGGAAGAUAUUCGACGUCUGACACAUUUCAACGUAGGAUUCAUAUUGCUAGCCGAGGCGCCUGAAUCCAGCUGUACUACCCAGCUGGAUUAAUUUAAGAGAAGCAGAAUAUACCAAGAUGAGUCGAAACAAACGCAGAGAAGCCGCAGAAACUAUGGAGGGCCGCUCUAACUACCGCCAGUACCACGGGAGUCAAGACAAUAUCCUCGGAGGUAGGAAUCGCCAGCAGGAGGAGAGAGACGCGUUUGGUGACGCUCGCCUCAGCAGGAGCACUCCGUCAAUCGCCGGUUCCCACGCCGCUCCUCAGUCACCGAGCCGUCGUGGGGGAAGAGGCCGAUCGCCUGUCCGCAACAAGAUGAAGCUGGAUGGACAAGCGAGGGUGCCAGUUCACAGCGAUUCGAGACAGUACAAUCGUAGUCCUUCUCCUGCCAGAAGAACUACCGGUGGGAACAAUCGCAGCCGGUCGCCCGGUCGUGAGGCAAAAGGGCGGAACAAUCGUGGCCAGUCGCCCGGCCGGUACGACAGGGGUCAGUCACCAAGUCGAAAUACCGGGGCAAGAUAUAAUAGAGGUCAGUCACCAAGUCGUAAUGCAAAUGCGCGAAAUAAUAGGGGGCAGUCACAAAGUCGUAAUGCAAAUGCGCGAAAUAAUAGGGGUCAGUCACCAAAUCGCGGCAUAAGAUAUGACCGAGGUCAGUCUCCAAAUCAAAACACAGCUGUACGAAAUAACAGAAGCUAUUCGCCAAGUCGUGGUGCUGAUGAACGAAGAAGUCGAGGUCGGUCGCCAAGUAGAAAUUCUCGAGAGCAAUACAGCAGAAACCGAUCACCAGGUCGAUAUAAUGGCAGAAGGAACAGUCAUUUAUCGUCUUCCCGUGAAUUUGACAAAAGCACCGUCCCGCCCGUCGGCCAUCGAUAUGAGCCCAGGCACGGCCGCCAAGAAGGGAACAUCCUGUACUUCGACGCUGCAACCUUGGAGGAGGAAACUAGCACCGCUCGCCUCGAGGUCCUUAGCAUCGUGACCCACGUCAUCGUAAUUGCCGCGUCGAUGAUGACCACCAUUCCCAUGGCUCAAGUCACCGUCGACUGGGAGUACGUGCGUAGACGAUGCCCCCUGUUCGUGGACAACAACCCUCAGACGGACGUGAACUGGGGCAACGAGAACAUGUCUCCCUGCAACGUGACGGCCUUCCUUCCCCUCCUGGUGGCGGUGCUCUCGGCGUGCCUCGCCUUUUUCCACUGCAGCAUCCUCCACGCCUGGCGCAUGCGCGGUGACCCACCCAUCGUGGCCUUCUCUAAAAAGUACGCCAUCGCCACCAUGGUCGUCACGGGCGUUCAGGCGGUGCUCUCGCUGGCCAUCGCAUGCACGCUCACAGACGGCUUCAGGCAGACGUGCCUCUCCUUCGAACUCAACCCCUGGCCCGAUGUGAGGCCGGCGUCCUGUAAAGAAGGUUAUGACGACCGCGACUUCUCCUACAGACUGCAAGAUCUCCACACCUUUUCCAAGAUCAUCAUCGGCAUGGUCGGCGCCUGGAUCUGUACCGUCGCCACGACUUUCCUCACUAUUAUAUAUUUAAUCCGUGCAAAGUUGUGUUCUUGCUGCGUGGAUGAUUUUUGAAUUAAAAAUUUUGUAUUGCACCGUUUGUAAUUAAAUAUAGGAUUUUGUAGA